CACCCAAGUAUAAAAACGACCGCCCUGUGCCAUUGUCCCUUUUGUUUUUUAAACACCUUUACACUUACGCAACUCAAAACACAUACAGCAUGAGCACCCACAACAACACCCAUAUCGCCGAGGAGAAUGCCGCCGUCACCCCCUCGACGGUUCCCACGACCUACUCCACAGUCGAUGCCUCCGGUUACCCAGCCAAGCACGAUGGUCUCGCCACUCACAACGCUCCUAUCGUCCUCCAGGACCCACACGAGCACCACAAGCACAACCAGGUCGCCGAGAACCCCCAUGCUCAGAACCAGCACCACGGACACACUCACAUCCCCCCGCCCGGCGAACACGUCCCCGGCGAGUCUAUGGUCAACAAACCCAUCGUCGAGGUUGCAGAGGUAAUGAGGGAUCCCAAGCUGCACCAUGCCACCUUUGUCCCCAACUUUAUCAAGUAGACGACAUGAUGGGGGAGGGGCGAUCCCAGAAGUGGGUACCAGCGCGAUAGUCUUUUAGCAUCGAACAUAAUAAAAUCUUAUAAUUUAAU